AUCUUAAGAUGCACCUCAAUCUUGGCCUGAUUUUAACCAGCAUCGUCUUGGCUGCCGGAUCACCGAUUUUGGAGUACGGAGCACCACCGAGCGGGGAUACCAUCGGCCAGUACCACACCCAGGAUGAGCACGGCCAGUACGCCUACGGGUAUAUGGCUCCGUUGUACUCCAAGCACGAGACCCGCACUCUGGAUGGUGUCGUCCAUGGUACCUUCUCCUAUUUGGAUGCCCAUGGUGACACGCAGACUGUGGACUAUGUGGCCGAUGCCAAUGGUUUCCGUGUAACCUCCAAGCUGCCCAACCAGGAGGCCAACAAGGAAACUCCGGAGGUAGCUGCCCUCAGGGCCGAACAUCUGGAGGCCCACAAGCAGGCCAAGUUGAGGUUGGCCGGUGGCUCGUCCUUCGCUCCAGAACCAGUCCAGGACACACCCGAAGUAGCUGCCGCCAAGGUUGCAUUCUUCAAGCGCUUCGAAGCCGAGAAGCUGCGAAAUCAAUUACUUGGGGAGAAGAUCCAGGUGAUCGCAGCUCCUCCAGCUCCAUCACCACUUGCCGUUCGCUCCCAACCGAUUUACGUUUAUCAACCAGCCAGUGGAUAUGUCUACAACAUCCAUUCCAAGAGUCCUGCUCAGGCUCCUUCAAGGAACUAUCUGCCAGUCGUUUAA